GUCCUCUUCUCUUCCCAAACUCAUAUGUCUUCCUCAGACACAAUCAAGCAAGCAACCGAGACAGCACGCAGCAAGACCUCUGAAGCAAUGGAGAAAACGAAACAACUUGCAGACGCCGCCAAGACGCAGCCCGUAGAAGCCAAAAAUGAUUUUCUCCACACUCCCUUCAUGCGCGCAGCUCUUCCCUUCAUAAACGGAGGCACGGCUGGUAUGGUUGCAACGACAGUCAUCCAGCCUAUCGACAUGAUCAAAGUCCGACUCCAAUUGGCUGGCGAAGGAGCCCGGACAGGUCCAAAACCCACUCCGCUCUCCGUGACGAAAGAAAUCAUAGCCGCUGGCAAGGUAAUGGACUUAUACACAGGCUUGUCGGCUGGUUUAUUACGACAAGCUGUGUACACAACCGCUCGGCUGGGCUUGUUCGACACCUUUAUGAUCGCCCUCACAAAACGUGCAAAGGAUAAGGGAAAUAAAAUCGGGUUUGUGGAGCGAGCUGGUGCUGGAUUAGGCGCCGGUGGUCUCGCGGCAAUGAUUGGGAACCCUGCUGAUUUGGCUCUCAUUCGUAUGCAAUCAGACGGUCUCAAACCUGCUGCGCAGCGAAACAACUAUAGAUCAGUUAUCCAUGCGCUUACCAGCAUCGCCAAGACGGAAGGCGUUGGCGCAUUAUGGGCCGGAGCAGCACCUACCGUUGUUAGAGCCAUGGCGCUAAAUUUCGGGCAGUUGGCAUUCUUCUCUGAAGCCAAACAGCAGCUGAAGGAUACAGCUUUGAGCCAAAGAGCACAGACACUGAGCGCGAGUGCCAUCGCCGGUUUCUUCGCUUCCUUUUUCAGCUUGCCGUUCGACUUUGUGAAGACGAGGUUGCAAAAGCAACAGAGGAGACCUGAUGGAACUCUUCCAUAUAAGGGAAUGUUUGACUGUUUUAGAAAAGUAGCAAAGGAUGAGGGUUUGUUGCGGUUCUACCGAGGGUUCGGUACCUACUACGUUAGAAUUGCUCCUCAUGCGAUGGUAACUUUGAUCGUUGCCGACUAUCUUGGAUUCAUCACAAAAUGAAGAGCCAGCGCAUGUUGAUGAUUGGGGCAAAAUGAUCGAGAGGAGAGUCUGAUCCACGAUUAUGU